AUGCCUCGCCGGUUGCUUCAACCCACGCCGUUGCUGCCGCUGGCGGUGCUCCCCCCGCUGCUGCUGCUGCUGACGGUGCACUGCGCCGCUGCGGACCGCCGUGCGUUUGACGAAGCGACGCGGAGGAGCGACUUGUCGGCGGCUGCGGUGGUGCGAGAGGUGCCGCGGAGGGGGCAGGGCGCGGCGCAGGCGUACACCGUCGCAGCGGCGGCGGCGGCGGGAGGAGGAAGGAGCAGCGAGGGUUGGGCGCCCAUCCGCAUCGUGGUGUCCAUGGAGAAUUUGAACGACGAGACGAAGUACUGCACGGCGCAGGAGGAUGAGAGCAAGCCGGACUUUGAGGGCCGGACCGUGGCUUGUGAAAGCUACUACAUUCUGGAUGCCGGAAGGAACAAAACCCUGGUGAACGAGGUCAUCCCUGUGGCUGUCCAGCUGCACGCGGAGCGUCUGCUCGUUCAGCGCGUGGAGGGCUUCUUGAAGGUGCCCGCGUUUACUGCCGGGCAGGGGCGGUGCCAGCACUUCAAAGUCCCCGAUGAGCACAAAACAACGGGAGUUGAGAAUGCGGACAUGUUGCUCUACGUGGCUGCCGGGGCGAGUUCCAAGACGUGGGCGGUCCCGUGUGCGUUUGGGACGGAUGGUCGUCCACUCGCCGGUGCGCUGCAUGUCUCGCCUUUUCAACGGUUGUCCGUCAUGCACUCUGCCCGCGCUGCCGCGCAUGCCAUCGCCCAUGCGCUUGGCUUCAGCGUGGAGCAGAUGACGGCGCGGGGCAUGUUGGAGGAUGUCACUAACCUGCGCGGCAACCCCAACCCUGUAACGGUGGUGAAGUCGCCUGCUACGCUGAAAAACGCGAAGGCGCACUACGGCUGCCCCGACAUCCAGGGCAUGGAGCUGCUCAAGAUGAACGGUGAUGCGGAGCGAGCCUACUGGUCGCCGCGCAACGCGAAGGACGAGUUGAUGAGCCUUUUUGGUGGGCUCACCGCCGGCUACUACACCGCGCUGACGAUGGCAAUGUUUGAGGACCUCGGCUACUACAAGGCCGUGUGGGGGAUGGAGGAGCCGAUGGCGUGGGGCAGAGGCGCGGGCUGUGACUUCCUCGAGAAGCCGUGCUCGGACAAAAGCCCCACCGAGCACCCCGGCAUGUUCUGCAAUAAAAAGACCAACGACAAAACACUUCGCUGCACGUCCAACCGUCAAGCCAUCGGGUUAUGUAAUACUAAUAUUGCCGAAUUCGGCGGUGCCAGGAACGAAAAGUGCUCAGUUUUUUGGCCGGAUUGGGUUCCUUCAGAGCUUUUUUGCACCCUGAAAGGAGCGAAUAACCCCCCUCCCCCCGGCUCCCUCCACGGGAGCGGCUCGUGGUGCCUCGAUGCGGAAGAACUCAAGUUGAAGAGUCCUGGUGAGAAUGCCCAGUGGCGCAACUACAAAUUACACGCGGUGUGUGCGGAGGUGCAGUGCGGGGAGGACGGCGCGGUGAAGGUGAAGUACCUCGGCAACGAAGCGUGGCACACGUGCAACGAGGACAGUGUAAUUGAAGUGAAGCCAAAUGAACAUCUGCUCGGCGGGAAGAUCAAGUGCCCGAAGUACGAGGAGGUGUGCACCAUCGCCGCCAACGGCAGCAGCCUCGUCAGGCUGAGCGUUGUGGAGGAGAGGAUGCCUCCGGUGCUUGGGCCGCCACGUGCGGGGGCCUCUUCCACAGCUGCGGGUGGUGAUCCCCCCAGUCCGAUGGCUGCGGCGGCGGGAGCAGCUGCUGCGGCCCCCGAUGUGCCUGCGCCGCCCACCCCGGCACCGGCGGCGGCGGCGUCCGUCAACAUCAGCGCCGUGCGGGAGAAACUUGACGGGGCGGCGCAGCAACUCGGAAGCGACGCCGGUGCGGCUGCUGCGGCUGUUGGCUGCAGUCGCUUUGUGCUGCUCGCCGUGGCCACUGCGGCGGCGGCAGGGGCUAUGCUGCCGCCUUGA